UAAAAACGCGAGACCAGCUCCGAAUAAAUCAGUUUUAAAUUGAAAAUGAAGCUGUUUGCAUUCUUUGGUCUUGUUCUCCUCAUUCUGGCUGUGGGAUUGGCCCAGCUGCCCCAGCAGGUUGCCGGCCAUGGCCAGAACACUCCCCCGCCGCCGCCUGGCCAUGGCAAUGGAAAUGGUAACCAGCAGGGUGGACAAGGUCAAAACGGACAAAAUGGACAAAACAAUAAUAAUUAAAUGAACACAACAAAAAAUGUCUUUCGAGUAAAAAACACUUGACACUUAAUUCUUGAAUUAAAUAAAUAAUUAUUUCAGCAAA